UUCAAAGCUGGAAAAAUCAAUACAACUACCAGGAACCCAGGGUUGUUCGCGUGUGAGAAAAUCACAUUCGCUAAACCGUUCUCUGGUGGAAAGCAAGUGAAAGUGUUUGCCUCGUCCGGACACUCAGUGAACAGCCAAACCCGUGGUAAUGGUGCUGCUAUUUGGGUGGAAUCAGUAGAUAGAACUCAAUUCCGCGCUUGCAUCUACGAGUACAGCAACGGCUCAAAUACAACUGCUGAGAUAAACUGGAUUGCCCUACAAUCUGCCCCUCCGGGGGCACAACUAGGAACUACUUCCUUGGAAUCUUGGACUACCGGAACAGAAUGUAAGAAGAUCUACUUUCCUCAGGUUAGUUUA